GUCUGUGAAAAGAAGGAUUCACAAUCGUGGGUGUAAAAUUUAUACACUGCUUGAGGUUAACCAUAUAAAAAAGUUCUGUUUAUCUUGGAAUCAUGUCUCUUGAACAAACUGCCUGUGAAGACCUGAAGGCAUUUGAGCGCCGCCUCACGGAGGUUAUAGCCUGCCUGCAGCCGUCCACCAAUCGCUGGAGGAUCGUGCUGGCAGUGAUCUCGGUGUGCACGGCGGUGGGGGCAUGGCACUGGAUCACGGACCCGCACACCUCAGCCGUGCCCUUCACGCAGUCGUUGUGGAAUCACCCUUUCUUCGCCCUCGCCAGCCUCAUCCUGGUGGUGCUCUUCACGCUCGGUAUCCACAAGAGAGUCAUAGCACCAUCCAUCAUUGCGACGCGUGCUCGUGCCGUGCUCAGCGAUUUCAACAUGUCAUGUGACGACACGGGCAAGCUGAUCCUCAAGCCACGCCCCACUGCCUCCUAGCAUCCGGGGGCGGCCACGAGUGCCUGAAACAUGCCGUGUUGAGUGCCGUGUCUGAUUCAGCGUAUCAUUAACUGUAGCUGUGAACAGUGUGUGUGCUUCACCCAAGAUCUAGGAACGGCUGCCUCAGGCGUGAGCCAAGAUUUGGCUGUGGCAGUUUUAAGAUGUGACUUUAUUCCUAGUGUGCCAUGUGGGUAGCAAAACCUUGUAAAUACUUUAACUUUCUUAGAUAUGUUAUAAUUAUUCCUGUGUACUCGUGAAAAAAAAGUUUUUGAAGGAAAACUUUUUGGUGUAUUUACAUGCCCAAAUUUUGUCUCACUUCAUCAGAACUAGAUUUUUUUUAUAGUGGUGUGUCGUAUUUAAAAUGGUUUUGUAAAGUGGAUUGAUUAUUAUUAUUAUAUUAAAAAUCAGGUUAAAUUGUACCAAGAUUUAAAUAAUUUUUUUUUUAAUUCUAUGGUUAGAAUCCUAAAUAGAAACUUAUUUAACAAAAUCUCUUUACUUAGUUUUUAAAACUACUUGUAUGAUUGAUUAGGUACAAGUGUUUCUUGGUGAAGUAGUAAUUGAAGAAGCACUACGUACUGCAUUAUUCUAAUUUCAUAACUUUUACUUAGUAAAGUAAUGAUUAAAUACUCAUACUUGUCACACCCCUCGUGCCUCAAAAUUGAAUUAUUUUGAAUUAAUUAAAAAGAGCCUUGGAAACUUGCGGGAUAAAAAAAAAAUAAGUUAAAUAAAUUGAUUUACCAGAGGCGGCACGAGGUGGGGGACAAACAAAAUUUAGGAACUUCCUGAUACAAGCAACUGGGAAGUUGGUGGAUCGUUAAAAUCAAUAAAUUAAAACUACACGAUUAACUUGAUCUAUAGUUUCCCUGUUUUAUUUGCCCUGAUGAAUUAUCUUGUUUCCAUUACUUUACAUACAAAAGGUUUUAACAAGUUUCAAAGAUUUAAAAAAAAACAAAAGAAAUAC